AAUAAUCAAUUCUGACUCAAAAGACGAGCACUAAACUGAAUUAAUAUACACAGCUAAUAAUCCCUGUAUGAGUGAACUGUCUGUCCCUGUGUACAGCCAGAAAACCCUACAUUCACACUAACAGGCAAGAAGUCGCUCGUGUCGCUUGCAGUUUGUCUAACGAUCUUUAACGAUCUUUUCUACUUCCUUCCAAGCUUUAUUUUUCUCCGCCAUGUCUCUAUACACAUUUACUGAGAGGUUGUAGUGCCAGUCCCAAGCCUGUACCAACUUGAAGAGGGUUGCAUCAGGAAGGGCAUCUGGCGUAAAAACUGUGCCAAAUCACAUACGGACCAGUGAUCCGCUGUGGCGACCCCUAACGGGAGCAGCCGAAAGAAGAACAACAACUUACCUAACAGCAAUGAUAAUAAAUUGUUGUUCUUUAUAAGGUACACAUUACUGCACUACCAUUAUAACUAUUCAAAAUAAUAAUAAUAAUAAAAGUAAUGACAUGCUUUAAGUUUGUUUAAGAUGUUCCAUAUGUCUAUUUGUAGACAUGGACAAUGAAAACUGUGUGUAAGAUUUACUAUUUUCAACCUUUUCUUUGUAACAGGACUGCUAAAAAAGCGAUCUUCCUCCAUGUUAAUUAACAUUAAUCACCACUGAGACACACACACACACACACACACACACACACACACAGUAUUUAUACAGUCAGGUCCGGAAAUAUUUGGACAAUGACAGAGUUUUUGUGAUUUGAUGGAUUUGAAAUAAAACAAUCAAGAUGUGAUGGAAGUGUAGACUUUCAGCUUUAUUUGAUCUCUCUUAUAGAUUUACGUUGUUUCUUCAGCCUAAUGAUGGCCUCCUUCACUUGCACUGAGAUCUCCUUGGCCUUCAUAUCGGUAGCUCCAGUCGAACAGCUGCCAAAUGCCAACUCAAUACCUGAUAUCAACUCCAGACCUUUUAUCUGCUUCAUUUGUCUUGAAGUAACGAGGGAAUGGACCGCACCUGGUCAGUUAACGUCUUGUCAGUCAAUUGUCCAAAUACUUUUGAGCCCCUGAAAAUGGAGGUACUUUGCUGAAAAUGGCUGUAAUUCCUAAAUGGUAAAUGCCAUAUUUUUGUGGAACCUCUUAAAAUAAAGCUGAAAGUCUAAACUUCCAUCACAUCUUGAUUGCUUUAUUUCAAAUCCAUUGUGGUGGCGUAUAAGGGCAAAAUCACAAAAACUCCGUCAUUGUCCAAAUCCUUCCGGACCUGACUGUAUAUUUUAACGUUAUCUCUGAUGUCGAACACCUGAUAGCACUGACUUAACUGAUGAAAGAUAUAAAUUGCUUUGAAGAUCAUGUUUAGCCUGGUUUUUUUAAAAAGAAAAUAAACUGAGAAAACUUUUACAGUGUUGAAUAAAAAAAUAACGUGUUCUGUCGUGUACAGUUGGACUGAUAGAAACACUGUAAGAUAUCCAGUGAUCGAAGUGUAUCAGUGUACGUGUUAAUCCAGCGCCGGCCUUGUGACUGUGUUAUCUGAGCGAGGGAUGAGUGUGGAAACACUGGACCAUGAUUCCUUGAUCUUGACGCUCAGCUCGUAUGGAUUAUUGACUGAAAGUUGUGCUUCUUUCCGCUGGUGUUUUGAUCCUAGUUGGACUUUUGCUUCUGGACACUGUGCACACUGAUUAAGAGUCCAAACAUUAACAGUGAUUAAAGUAAUUAGUAAACUUGUUCUGUUUGAAACCUGAUGCUUUGAGGGGAGGGGUUUACAGCAGCAUGUGGGCUGAAGAGAGAAGAGUGAGAAAAGUUUACGAGAGAAAGCUGGUCACUCUGGAAGGACACUCAGGAGUUUUCUUUUUAAUGACGCGAUUGCCACAAUGAUCCUGCGAGAUGGAAAAUGAGGGAAUCCUGCAGAGUUGAAGCUUCCUUCUGAUACCUCAUGAAAAAAUGUCGCUUUGGGUGCUUUUACCCCUCACUUUGCCUCUCGGCACCAUCUCUGGAGCAUGGAUUGUAUAUGCCAUGGCAGUGUAUAACCAGCAUGUCUGCCCUAUAAAUAACUGGGUGUAUAACUCAUCCUGUGAGGAACCUCUGGUGAUGCAGAGUGGACAGUUUCGCUGCUGCACUCUGGAUAACAUCCCUCUCAUCAGUAAAUGUGGUGUGUUGCCUCCAGAGAGUUGCUGGUUCAGUCUCCUCUGCAGUAUUGGAUCCUUUCUGGUGAUGCUGACUGGUCUGCUCCGCUACGCCCAGGUGAUGGAGCAGCAGAAGCAGGACAGUGUGUUGAACAUGAUGGGGCUCUGCUCCGGCUGGCUUUGCGCUGCAGGACUCAGCAUGGUGGGAAAUUUCCAGGUGGACUUUGCUAAGGUGCUGCACUAUGUGGGAGCGAUUCUGGCCUUCCCAACAAGUCUGCUGUUCGUGUGUGUGCAGACGAUCCUGACUUACCGUCUGGCAAAAACACACACACACUGCCGAACCGCCCACCUCCGACUGACACUCAGCCUGCUCGCCCUGAUCACACUCGUUCUCUGUGGCGUGUUCUUCCCGCAGGACAGUUUUACCCUGCAGCACUCGGCCGCUUUGUGUGAGUGGCUCUUCGUCAUCACCGUGUUGCUCUUCUACGGCACGUUUGUUAUCGAGUUUCGCUUGGUGUCUGCACACACUUUGGUGGUUCUGAUCCAGAGAGGACAGCAACAGGGUCUUUCUCAGAACGAGUGUAAACAAGAGAGGGCUUAGUCGCUUGGAUUAGGACUCGGAUUAGAUCCAUUUGUCCAGCAGAAGAUACCAGCGAGAGCUGAAGGUAGAUGAAUAAUCUGCGACUGCAUGGGUCGGCUGCAUUUCUGUUAAAAUCUUCUCAGACUGGACUGAGUAAUGGUGCAGUUUGGGUGGAGCUCAUCAUAUUAUUCCCUGGUAUACCUGGAGAAAGCAAGCCUUGGGUCUAUGAUAAAGGAUAACAUUUCUCUGAAUGAAAGCACUGAAAGGAUCACGGUGCCAUUCUCGACAUUUGAUAUAAGAUGUUAUGUAUCAUAUUCUUUACACAAUUGUUUUGUGUAAUAUCUAACGUGGAUGUUAAACGUGUAAUGUGGUGGUCUGGGAAAACCCGCCUGAAGUUCUUCCUGCCUAUAACAUACUGUACAUCUUUAGGAAACUAUACAUAUAUUUUUAUUGAUGUUCUAACCUUGCCCUGAUGUUUGUACAGAUGUUGUUUAAGGAGCUGGAUUACGAAACGUAACGGUACACAUGCUGCCUUCAAGUCCUCAGAAAUUCACGCGUACGUGUUCGGAGGUGGUGGUUACGACGUGGUGUGUAUUCAAGUGGUUUUGGAAUUGAAGAACUGAAAAGUUAACGUGCAAAAUUAUUGCUUAACUCUUUCUGCUGUAGAUGUCACAUUUGCUGUAUAUUGGAGGCUGCCGUGACUUCUUUUUGUCACUGACACACCCACAGCUCGGGGUUCAUGGAGUUCCCGGGUUUGUAAUUACGACAUUGUCGUGGUGUUCAAGUGUGCUCGGCUCAUAAUUACGAUAUUUCUGACAGGAACUGAAGUCAGCACUAAACCUAAUUAUUUCAGUUUGUAAUAAGAAAGUGGUUGUCAAAAUGUCUGUGAUGCUCCUGCGCCUUCAUCAUCCAAACAGAGAAGAGCGCUUGCUUACACUAUCUGUACAGAUGACACAGUUUAAAAAUGUUUAAUUGACCAAAUAAAAAGACAUUAAUAACUAGAAAUAGAGUCAACAGAGCAGUUAUUUGCUACACUGAUGUUAGCGUGAACAGAGAUCAGUGGAGUGAAGGCACAAGGAUGAGGCUCAUGUUUAAAGUAAAGUGACUUUUACCUCAGGUGAUAAAACAGAGACUGAUGUGGAUGAUGUUGUGAUUCAAACGGAGAACUUAUUUCCUGUUCUUUAAAAUCUGUCAGUAAUAAUGUUCUUAAGUACAUUAGGUUAUAAAUGUAGAGGUGGUGGGGGAUUUGGUUGCUUUUCAGUUGAGAUAUAUAACAUAGAAAUGACAGCACAGUGUUUAACAACUCUUAGAAUAAUUAAUGAUAUAAAUAUAAUAUAAUGCUUGCUAAUAAUCUACAUCUAUAUGUUCUUUGUUGUUUUUAUAUGAAAAUAAAUGAUAUUCUUAUUGAAUAUGGACUCAGUGCUGGAUGGGCGGGGCUUCUGAACAGCCUGUCAGUCAGCAGACUGUGAAUAAAAGCUGCUGUAAAGAUUGACACAGUUUUCAUAUUUAUUAUUUGUAUGUCUGAUUUAUUACAUAUUCCCUCUCCUAUUUUCACGUUUGUUUUUUCCUUGCCACUGUCACCUCUGGCUUGUCAUCUCAUUAGGGAUCUAAAUCUAAAUCCAUAUUCAGAUAUCUGUAAAGCUGCUUCGUGACAACGUCCAAUGUUGAAAGCACUACAUAAAUAAAAUUAAAUUGAUUCAGUUGAA